AUGAGGCUCGUGCUAAUUGUGGCAGUCUUCCUCCGCGUUCUUGAAUACUACCAAGGUAUCCUCAUGCUGACCACCAACCAAAUCGCCCAAUUCGAUGUGGCCGUCCACUCGCGUAUCCACGUCGCAAUCAGAUACCGGGAACUCGAUGAGAAGCGCGCCAUUGCGAUCUUCCGCAAUUUCUUAGAUCCGCUGAAUGAUCAAGGCAAAAUCCGGGAUAUGGAAGAUAUCAUGGAGUGGUUGGAGGGGGACAUCCAUCGCAUGAACUUUGAUGGGCGCCAGAUUCGAAACGUCGUCACCUCAGCUUGCAGUCUUGCGCAGGCUCAGAGGAGUUCCCAAUUGGAAAAGUCGCAUCUGAUAAAGAUGGCAGACAACGUCAAGGACUACAAGCUUGAGUUUAUCAAGCAAUAUGAGCAGUACAAGUCGCAGCAAAAGGGAUCUUUGUUUAGUUGA